GUGUCGUCUCCUCAGUGGCAACGGGUAGAAGGACAAUUCCAAGCAGCAGCGGCAGCAGCACGAGCAGCCGCCGCCGCAAACAAGCUCUCUCUCGGGAAGCAAGCAAGCAAGGAAAGCGAGGAGCGAAGCCAAGUAGCAGGAACCGCAAGAGGGUGGCUGAAAUUGGGGCGGGCAACACGAGGGGACUCGCGCCUGCUGCAUUCAAGAGACGCCGCCGCCGCCUCUGCUUUCUCUCCUUCUGGCCGGUUGUGCGCGCCGUGUGGCGUGGCGCGGUGACUGUUUGCAGCGCCGGCGAAGGCAGCGGCUGCAAGAAGCACGGCGGCGGGAGGGCUCCGGGGGAAUGCGGCACUAACGUCCCCAGCCUUGUGGAAGAGCUAAGGACCCCCCGCCCGCCGCCGCCCCCUCUUCACCUCAGGCUUCCUUGCUUUUACGCGUUGUCUCCGGAGCCUACACCAGGAAGAUUUGGAGCGCCCUCGCCCAGCCUGCCUUUGGCUGAGUGAGGGGCUGAGGAGGCGCCCUCGUUGGUUUUGGACUGGGGGUGGGUGGAAGCGGGGCGGCGGGGGGCAGCAGUUGUGUUGCUGCUGCUGCUGCUGCUGGUGGUGGUUGCAUUUGGCCGCCCCGAGGAAGGAGCAGGCGCCAUUGCCAGGAGGAUUAGAGCCGAGGGGGCCGCAGCCUGCGCGCCCCCUCCUCGCUGCCGGUGCCUUUUGCUGGCGGAGGGCAGCGGGCGCCCUCGUGCCAUUGCUCCCCUGACUCCCCCCGCAGCAUGCCUGCCUUGCCCCGGCGGCCGAGCGCGGCCACCACCUCUGCCUUGCUGCUGCUGCUGUCGCCGCUGCUGGUCUCCUUGGCUUGGGCGCGGAGCAACUCUCGGGCGCCAGCGGGGUUGCUCCCCAACGUCUCCGCCGCCACCCCCAUCGCCAUCAUGGGCUUGAUGCCGCUCAGCGAUUCGGUGGAGAAGGGCAAAAUCGGCCGGGGUGUCCUGCCCGCCAUGCAGCUGGCCAUGGAGCAAAUCCUCAACGAGUCCUUGCUCAGCCCUUAUUCCCUGGACCUGCGCUACUACGACACCGAGUGUGACAAUGCAAAGGGACUCAAAGCCUUCUAUGAUGCAAUAAAAUAUGGACCUAUGCACCUAAUGGUUUUUGGUGGAGUAUGUACAACUGUAACAUCCAUAAUUGCUGAAUCUCUAAUAGGAUGGAAUUUGGUCCAGCUCUCAUUUGCAGCAACAACACCAGAAUUAGCUGAUAAGAAAAAGUAUCCUUAUUUCUUCCGGACAGUGCCAUCCGAUAAUGCUGUGAACCCUGCAAUUCUGAAGUUGCUCAAACAUUAUAAAUGGAAAAGGGUGGGAACUCUUACCCAAGAUAUACGAAGAUUUUCUGAGGUACGAAAUGAUCUGACUGGUGUCCUGUAUGGUGAAGAUAUUGAAAUUUCAGACACAGAGAGUUUCUCUAAUGAUCCCUGCACAAGCGUCAAAAAGCUCAAGGGAAAUGAUGUUCGGAUUAUCCUUGGCCAGUUUGAUGAGGAAAUGGCAGCAAAAGUAUUCUGCUGUGCAUAUAAUGAAGAAAUGUAUGGCAGUAAGUAUCAGUGGAUCAUUCCUGGGUGGUAUCAGAGUUACUGGUGGGAAGAAGUUAUUCCAAAGCUUAAUUCAUCACACUGUCUCAAUAAAAACUUUCUCAAAGCCAUGGAAGGUUACAUUGGAGUGGAUUUUGAACCUCUCAGUUCCAAAGAGAAUAAAACCAUAUCAGGAAGGACUCCACAGCAGUACGAAAAGGAGUAUGAUGAACGACGGGGAAAUGUUGAGCCAAGUAAGUUCCAUGGCUUUGCUUAUGAUGGAAUAUGGGUAAUUGCCAAAACACUGCAGCAGGCGAUGAAGCAACUCAAUGCCACCAACAAACACCAAAAAAUUGAGGACUUUAACUAUACCAACAAAGAACUUGGAAAAAUUUUCCUGGAUGCAAUGAAUGAGACCAAUUUCUUUGGUGUAACGGGUCAAGUUGUGUUCAAAAAUGGAGAGAGGAUGGGGACCAUCAAAUUUACACAAUUCCAAGACAAACAGGAAGUGAAAGUGGGUGAAUACAAUGCUGUAGCUGAUACUUUGGAAAUCAUCAACAACACCAUCAGGUUCCAAGGAUUAGAACCACCAAAGGACAGAACAAUUAUCCAAAAGCAGCUUCGCAAGAUUUCCCUGCCUCUCUACAGUAUUCUCUCAGCACUUACUAUCUUGGGAAUGAUCAUGGCCAGUGCUUUUUUGUUCUUUAACAUCAAAAACCGAAAUCAGAAAUUGAUAAAGAUGUCAAGUCCCUACAUGAACAACCUCAUUAUUCUUGGGGGGAUGCUCUCCUAUGCAUCCAUAUUUCUUUUUGGCCUUGAUGGAUCCUUUGUCUCUGAAAAGACUUUUGAGACCCUUUGUACAGUCCGGACGUGGAUACUUACAGUGGGUUAUACAACUGCAUUUGGAGCAAUGUUUGCAAAAACAUGGAGAGUUCAUGCAAUUUUCAAAAAUGUAAAAAUGAAGAAAAAGAUCAUUAAGGACCAAAAACUGCUGGUGAUAGUUGGAGGGAUGCUGCUGAUAGAUCUUUGCAUCUUGAUUUGCUGGCAGGUUGUUGAUCCCUUGAGGAGAACAGUGGAAAAGUACAACAUGGAGCCUGACCCUACUGGCCAAGAUAUUUCUAUUCUUCCCAUUUUGGAGCACUGUGAAAACACACAUAUGACUAUUUGGCUUGGCAUUGUUUAUGCCUACAAAGGCCUACUCAUGUUAUUUGGUUGUUUCUUGGCUUGGGAAACUCGAAAUGUGAGCAUUCCUGCUCUAAAUGACAGUAAAUACAUUGGCAUGAGUGUUUAUAAUGUGGGAAUCAUGUGCAUUAUUGGAGCUGCCGUUUCCUUUCUCACAAGGGAUCAGCCCAACGUACAAUUCUGCAUUGUGGCACUGGUCAUUAUAUUUUGUAGCACCAUUACACUCUGCUUAGUCUUUGUUCCUAAGUUAAUCACCCUGAGAACAAAUCCAGAUGCUGCCACUCGGAACAGAGGGCUCCAGUUCACUCAAAAUCAGAAGAAAGAUGACUCAAAAACAUCGACGUCUGUCACCAGUGUCAACCAGGCCAGCACAUCACGGUUAGAAGGACUACAAUCAGAAAACCACCAGCUGAGAAUGAAAAUUACUGAGUUGGACAAAGCUUUAGAAGAAGUCACUAUGCAGCUUCAAGACACACCUGAGAAGACAACAUAUAUUAAGCAGAACCACUAUCAGGAGCUCAACGAUAUUCUUAGUAUACGCAACUUUACAGAAAACAAAGAUGGUGAAAAAGCUGUAUUGAAAAACCACCUUGAUCAAAACCCACAAGCACAAUGGAAUACUACAGAGCCCUCCAGAACAAGCAAAGACUUUAUAGAAGAUAUCAACUCCCCAGAACACAUACAGCGCCGACUCUCCUUACAGCUGCCCAUUCUGCACCAUGCCUACCUGCCAUCAAUAGGAGGGGUCGAUGCCAGUUGUGCUAGUCCAUGCGUAAGCCCCAGUGCCAGUCCACGGCACAGACACGUGCCCCCAUCUUUUCGUGUGAUGGUCUCUGGCCUGUAGGAAUGUGGGAUCAGCACUUCCUGAACUGAUUUUGGUACUCAAUGACUGGACUGGACGUCUUGUGUCGAACUCUUGCCUUCUACAUACUCCUUACUCUUAUCACAGAGGAACUAGUGUUAUAAGGCCAUUGUCAAGGGAGGACCAGCUCCACUGCUGUGGGAAAGCAUGCAAAGUGGAGAGGGUUACCCAGAGGUUGGUCUGUAGCCUUACUUGUGGACUUUUUUUCCCUUCACAAAGAAAGUCACAAAACCAUGUUUCUUCCCAAAUUUCUACUAGCAGCAAGGUGGCUGGGAAACAUAAACUUGACUGAAAAACAAAGACAAAAGUACCCGACUCAACUGUCACAAACUUUAUACCGCUAUUGAAGACACAGAACCGUUAGCAAAAAAAGAAACAAGGAAUUUGCCUCAAGGAAUGGACACACAUUGUUUUGCAGGGAUUACAUUUAGCUGCUGGAGGCACCAGUUGGUUGGGCUGACAGCCAUUUCUGGGAGUAGAUUCGGUGGGGAGGCAGAUACUUUUAGAAAUGGCUCCUUGGGAGUCAUUGAGACUCACGCCCAGCCCAGCUCCACCCUUCUUCACGGCUCACUUGGGAUGGAGCAGACUUCAAGGGGGAGCAAGCCCACAGGCCAGUGCUCAGGAGGCGGUCAGUCCCUGCAGCUAGCCCUGCCUCCUGCUGCUGGGAUGAGGGAGGAUUUCAGGAAACCAAUGGAAAACGUGGGUCCUCAGUGCUCAAGGCUGGGUACUGAAGUCUUAAUGGCACAGGAUGGAGUUGGUUGUGUCCCCCUACCCCCAGAGUUUGCUUGAUUUAAGCCACAGCAUAGUUACAGUACAGUUAAUCGAGCAGAGGAGGAAUGGGGUAGGUCACAAAGGUACCACACUUUGCUGCUGCAGCCAAAUUCUGCAAAGGCACAGAUAGUAUAUACACAACUUUGCUUUGUACUUGUGUGUGUGUGGGGCGGUGGUAUUCUGAACCAAGUUUGCCUUGUCCAUUGAAUUAGGAGACAAAAAGUAUAAGAGAGAAAUUUUUUUUAAAGCAAACAAAAACCAAGACCGAUGAUUUGAUUCCUAUUGUGUCCCACCCCCCGCCGCCACACCUUAAAAAAUUGUAAUCUUAUUUACUCCCACCUCAGAGCUAUUUGUUAUAAAGCCGAGAGCAACAUGAGAAAGCUCAAGUGAAAUGUGUGAGUGAGUGCUUCCCUCACUUACUGAGGAGGUCUGAUCCAAGCAUGCGCUUCUCUGGGUGCUAGUGUUUCUGUGCAAGCCUGGAAGGAUGAAGGAUCUUGGUGCGUGCAUGAUCAAAGAGGGGCACCCUGGCCAUUUACUACUACCUGACACAGAGGAUGUUGGCAGGUACAGGGCGGCUGUGCUAAGAGAUGCCAUACUGUCUGAUGUUCUUUUUGCUAUGUAGUUAUAGGCCAGUUUACUCAUGGCCCUGGGCUGUCCACGCUAGAUAGGUUGGGCAAAAAAGCAAGGCCUAAGCCCCACCCCCACCCUACCCUUCGCCUACUGCAUGUGAAUUAAGGCCUAUGCAUUUCCAUGCAUUUAUGAGAAGGCACUCACACAAUCUGUCCACCUUUCCUUUUGGUGUUUGACAGAUUAAGUGAAUGGGCCCUGGUCCACACGAAUGGCUCGCUCCCAUGCCAUGCUACAACUGGGGAGUAUAAACCGAAACCAUAUGAAAGGCAUAGAAGCAUCCUUCAGCGCCUAACUUUGGGCUGGACACAGACAAUUCUGCCCCCCCCCCCGCCCCAGUGUUGGAAGUGGCAUGAUAGAGGCAGCAUUAGCCUUGACCUAUACAGCCUUCCCACUAUAAUCUCAAUCCACAGGAUUUUGUACUGCUUAAAAAAACACCAACCCUGCAAAACCUACGUGCCCAGAGAUGAUAGUGGAACAAGCAAAGUGACAUUAUGCCUCUCAUGCCACCUACACUGUCCUUAAAAACAAUUGUCUGUGUCCGGCCUUGACUACUCUAAUUGGAUGUCAAUUUGGCAUGCAACAGUUCUGAAGUCCGUUGGUAAUCCUGGCAGCCUUUUUCUAAAUUUUGUAUUAAAGCUUGCAAAAUAGGGCAUAGUGGAGGGGGUGUGGCAUUUGUUAGUGCUCCUUAAAACUGCACCUUCCUCUCUUGCACCAUGCGAAUGACUCUCUUCCCACCAGUGUUUCCAGAAUAGCAUUUAGUAUCUGCAUGAGACAGAAGAUUAAACCAACAGAGUCACUGCAGAUGCCCCUGAACCCCUUUCUGAUUAUAUUACCCAUGAAUCUUAAUCCACUGGGGGUGGGGGGGGGCGGUGCACAGAAUCUCUUCCUGAACACAUAUCACUGAGAGAUCAUGGAGGCACCUGGAAGUGUUAGGACAACAGUGAGUAAGUCUACCACACAGGAAGUAGAACACAUUACUCCGUUUGAGCACUAACCACUGAAGGUGUCGUCUGGUGUGCGUGUGUAUGUAUGUAUGUGUGUUGACAGUAUUCUUAAUUUAUUAAUAAAACUUCAUCAGGACUUUAUUUAAUACAAAUAAAUAUUACUUUUCAAAAAAGGACAAUAAUACUGUAUAUAAUGUAUACACAAACAUUUCUGUAGAAAAUAUUAUUCCAACAUAGCAGGAAACAAAAAAAAAAUCAAAAGUAUUGGACUGUUGGCGGUGAGUGUGUGUCUGUAACUCUUUGUGAAUACUGACUGUAUGCUGUUUAUUAGGUUUAUAUCAUGCAGUACAUUCUUUGUCUCAAAUGCAGCUGUAGUUUCUCCCACAACAUUUUUUUUUAAUUUCCUGCAGAAAAUAAGACCCACAAACUGACUAUAGCUAUUUAAUGUUUCUGGGGUUGUUUUUUUUUAAUACGGCAGCAAAAAUGUACUGUAAAAAUUUAUGAUGAGGCUGUGCCCCAAUGGCAUUUUCCAACAAUGUUAGUGCACAAAUAAAUGCUUUAACUUAGAUUGGAACUGCCAGAAUAAAAACAAAAAGAAAGAAAGAAAAAGAAAAAAAAGAGUACAUGGAGAAUUUCUUGUGUACCCCUUAUACUGCAUGAAAAUCAAUUUUUAAUAAAUUGUUGCAAAAUCUGUUUUAUUAAUAAAAUAGAGAAAAUCUAAUUAACUACUA